CGGGGCUCAGUCUGCGCCCUGGGAGCUGACGGGGCUCAAGCCGGGCCAUAUCCUGCGGCAGGCGGUGGUGGGGUUGAGACGGGAUGGGGGACUGGAGCAUGCCCAUCAGCUCGCUGGGCGAGGAGGUGAUGGCCCGGCUCUGCCAGCUCCUGGAUAACGCUGGCCGGGGCUGGCGCAAGCUGGCCGAGGUGGCCGGGGCGGAGAAACGCUUCAAGUGCAGCGCAGAGGAGCUGGAGAUGUGCUCGCUGAAGGUGCUGGAGCCCCAUGGCAGCCCCACGGAGUGCCUCCUGCAGCUCCUGGCCGAGCGUGACUGCACCCUCAAAUACCUGCUGGGCUGCCUGGAGAGGAUGGGGCAUACACGGGCCUGCCAGGUUCUCAGCAGCGCUGUCCAGGACAUGAUCCGCAUCACAGUGCAGCCGGAGUCGCAGGUGGUGAUGGAGGGGAUGCGGGUGUUCCUGACCUGCUGGGCCACCGGUCCCCCGGGGCUCGCCUACCAGUGGUUCUGUGGGAAGCGGGAGGUGCCUGGAGCCACGGCCCCAGAGCUGGUGAUCAACGCGGCCACCCCGGGCCAGCCCGAGUGGUACAUCUGCCGGGUGAACUGUGGGGCCGCCUUCGCCUUCUCCAGGUGGGCCCACGUCCAGGUGGAGAGGAGCAGCAGCCCCAGCUCAGCCAGUGGCUACUGCCCAAGCAUGGCAGGGCUGCAGAUCCUGCAUCAGCCGCAGCCGUGCCGCCUGGCUGAGGGGGACACGCUGGUGCUGGAGUGCAGAGCCAUCGGCAACCCCCCGCCCCAGUACCAGUGGUUCAGGAACCAGCGCCCUGUGGAGGGUGCACAGGCGCCCCGGCUGCAGGUGAAGCUGGUGACGACAGCCGAGCGGGGCUGCUACUCCUGCCGCGUGUUCAACCUCUUCCACGAGGUGUGGAGCCGGGAAGUGGACGUGGAGAUCGGCCCACGGCUCUUUGCCUCCGGAGGCUCCUGGCAGGAGGGGGAUAGAGGCUCUCCAGAGCACGGCAGUCCCGGCCAGCUGUAUGCCACCGACAAAGUGGCCCUGCUGAUCGGCAACAUGCACUACCUGCACCACAAGCAGCUGAAGGCGCCCAUGGUGGACGUGCACGCCCUCAGUGCCCUCCUCCGCCAGCUCGACUUCAAGGUGGUCUCUCUGCUGGACCUGUGCAAGGCAGAGAUGCAGAUGGCUGUCAACGAGUUCCUCCUCCUCCUCGACAAGGGUGUCUAUGGUUUGCUCUACUACGCUGGGCACGGCUAUGAAAAUUUUGGCAACAGCUUCAUGGUGCCCAUCGACGCGCCCAGCUCCUACACAUCGGCCCACUGCCUGUGCGUGCAGCGGGUGCUGCAGAGCAUGCAGCAGCGCCGCACCGGCCUCAACAUCUUCCUGCUCGACAUGUGCCGCAAGAGGAACCUCAAUGACGACAUCAUCCCGCAGGUCGGUGCGCUGCAGGUCACGGCCAACAUCGUCUUCGGCUACGCCACGUGCGCGGACGCCGAAGCCUACGAGCUGAGCCAGGGCGAGCUCUCCAACGGCAUCUUCGUCUCCUUCCUCAAGCGCUGGCUGCUGGAGGAUGAGAAGAUCACGGUGUUGCUGGACAAGGUGGCAGAGGACAUGGGCACUCUGGAGAUCACACGGGGCCGGCAGGCGUUGGAGCUCCGCAGCAACCUCUCGGAGAGACGAGCCCUGACAGACCCCAUCUGCCCCCCGGGACAGGACGAGUCCUCUGCCAGGAACCUGCAGUGGGCCAAGGCUCAUGUCCUGCCGGAGAGCCGGCACCUCCGCUUCGACUGCGGCGUCACCGUCCAGCUGGGCUUCGCCGCCGAGUUCUCCAACAUCAUGAUCAUCUACACCCGCGUGGUGGCCACCCCCGGGGAUGUCACCGAGUGCGAGGCCAAGCUCACCGACAUUCCUGAGGAGCUGGAUGUGGACCUCAAGUGCACCAACAAGGAGACCCCGGAGGAGGUGGGCAGCCCGCUGGCGCCUACCUGGAGCCUUGACUGCCCCUCCAGCUGCCUCUACAGCCGGCUCUGUGGCUUGCAGAAACUGCGGCAGGAGCUGGUGUUCACUGUCUGCCUGCAAUACCGCUACCGCGGCAUGGACGACUUCGUGGAGGAGAGGCGGGUGGUGAACGUGGGGAAGCCGCUCAUCGCCAAGCUCAAUCUGCCGCUGGCAGCCUCCCCCUCGCCCCCCGGCAGCCCCCUCGCUGCCUCCUUCCCCGGGAGCUGGGGGGCGGCAGGGGGGUCCUGGGUCAACACCCCUGAGGAGAACCUGAGCCCUGAGGUCUCCGGCUCCCACACCCUGUAAAGGGACAGUGUGCCCCCCCCCUUGUCACUGCAGUCCCCUGGGGUCACAUCUGUCCUGCUGGCGAGCGCUGCGUGGGGUGAGCCCCAUCUUGGCCUGUGCUGGGGGGUGUGGGGCUCGCUGCACGGCAUGACUGGGACCCCUGCCCUCAGGAUGCAGCUCAGUGUGCCCCCCCCAAGUACACAGCAGUGCCAGCCCCACUUCCUCUGCUAGGACAGUGCCAGCCCCAUGUCCCAGGUCAGUGCCAGCCCCACAUCCCCUGGUAUGGCAGUACCAGCACCACAUGCCAGGUCAGUGCCAACCCUGCAUCCCCUGGCAUGGCAGUGCCAGCCCCACAUGCCAAGGCAGUGC